AUGGCGAGGCGGCCGCCGUGGCAGGGUCUCGAGAGACCAUCGACCCCGGUACUCCUGCUCCUUCUCCUCCUCUCUUUGUUCCCCCUCAGCCGGGAGGAUCUGGGGGGCGGCGGGGACCAGGGCUGGGACCCGGGGGUAGAUCUGCCCAGGGCGCGGAUCGGCGGCGGAGCCUUAGCUCUUUGUCCCAAGCCGCCCGGGGUCCGGGAGGAUGAGGGGCCUGGCUUGGGAGUCGGGGAGCCUGUUUCCGUGGCACUCCGAGGCGGAAAGCAAAGCGCCCAGAGCGGUCAAGGGUCCCCUGGGCAGCCAAACGCAGAGUUGGCCGCUGAGCACGGGGUCCAAGCAUUAGGCAGCCGCGUGAGAGACACGGGACAGGAGCCAAGGUCUCUGUUAUGCUGGCGCCCAGAAGUCUCCUCUUGCCGGCGGACAGGACCUCUGCGAAGAGGUAGCCUGUCGCCAGAGGCUCUGUCCUUAGGGGUCCCGGGCCCGGGGAACAGCCUGUCCCUCCCUUCGGACUUCUUGGUUCAGCCCGGUGGUCCCAAGUCAGCGUCCUCCCAGGCGAACUCUGGACGAAGUGCGCGGAAGAGAGUGGGAACCGUGCGCUGCUGUGGGGAACUGUGGGUGACAGGGCGCAGGGGUCAGGGGGAGAGAGCCGCGCCGUCCCGAACGGAGAGGACAGACCCUCGGCGGGAGUGUCCCCCCUGGGCUGCGGAAUCUGGCCCGGGGCUGGAUUCAGCACCGCGCACGGCUAGGACAGCUCCUCUGGCGGGUUCAGCACCCCGAGAGCUUCGGACAGCUCCCGAGGCGGUGCCCCGGCGCAUGCGCUCCCGCGGUCUCUCCCGCCGCCGCUUCCUCCCGCAGCGCCCCGGGCCGCGCCCCCCGGGGGACCCUGCGGCUCCUGAGGCCUGGAGAACACCCCCACCAAGCCGGGCACGUCCCCGUCGCGCCGCAAACCGCCACCCGCAGUUUCCGCAGUACAACUACCAGACACUGGUGCCCGAGAAUGAGGCGGCGGGCACCGCGGUGCUGCGAGUGGUGGCGCAGGACCCGGACGCCGGCGAGGCGGGGCGCCUGGUCUACUCCUUGGCGGCGCUCAUGAACAGCCGCUCGCUGGAGCUGUUCAGCAUCGACCCGCAGACCGGCCUGAUCCGCACGGCUGCCGCUCUGGACCGCGAGAGCAUGGAGCGCCACUACCUGCGCGUGACGGCUCAAGACCACGGCUCUCCGCGCCUUUCGGCCACCACCAUGGUGGCUGUGACAGUAGCAGACCGCAACGACCACGCGCCGGUGUUUGAGCAGGCGCAAUACCGGGAGACGCUGCGCGAGAACGUGGAGGAGGGCUACCCCAUCCUGCAGUUGCGUGCCACGGAUGGCGACGCGCCCCCCAACGCCAACCUGCGCUACCGCUUCGUGGGGCCGCCCGCGGCGCGCAGUGCGGCCGCCGCCGCCUUCGAGAUUGAUCCGCGCUCCGGCCUCAUCAGCACCAGCGGCAGGGUGGACCGUGAGCACAUGGAAAGCUACGAACUAGUGGUGGAGGCCAGCGACCAGGGUCAGGAGCCUGGGCCGCGCUCGGCCACGGUGCGCGUACACAUCACUGUGCUAGACGAGAACGACAACGCGCCCCAAUUCAGUGAGAAGCGCUAUGUGGCCCAGGUGCGAGAGGAUGUGCGCCCCCACACGGUGGUGCUUCGUGUCACCGCCACAGACCGGGACAAGGACGCCAACGGAUUGGUUCACUACAACAUCAUCAGCGGCAAUAGCAGGGGCCACUUUGCCAUCGACAGCCUCACGGGUGAGAUCCAGGUGGUGGCGCCUCUGGACUUCGAGGCAGAGAGGGAGUAUGCCUUGCGCAUCAGAGCACAGGAUGCAGGCCGGCCGCCUCUGUCCAACAACACCGGCUUGGCCAGCAUCCAGGUGGUGGAUAUCAAUGACCAUGCUCCCAUCUUCGUCAGCACGCCCUUCCAGGUCUCUGUCCUGGAAAACGCACCCUUGGGCCACUCCGUCAUCCAUAUUCAGGCAGUGGAUGCAGACCAUGGGGAGAACGCCAGAUUGGAGUACUCCCUAACUGGUGUGGCACCUGAUACGCCUUUUGUGAUAAACAGCGCCACUGGCUGGGUCUCUGUGAGUGGCCCCCUGGACCGCGAGUCUGUGGAGCACUACUUCUUCGGCGUGGAGGCCCGAGACCACGGCUCACCUCCGCUGUCCGCCUCGGCUAGCGUCACAGUGACCGUGCUAGAUGUUAAUGACAAUCGGCCUGAGUUCACCAUGAAGGAAUACCACCUGCGGCUGAAUGAGGAUGCAGCCGUGGGCACCAGUGUGGUCAGUGUGACUGCUGUAGACCGCGAUGCCAACAGUGCCAUCAGCUACCAGAUCACCGGGGGCAACACUCGUAAUCGCUUUGCCAUCAGCACCCAGGGGGGUGUGGGUCUGGUGACACUGGCUCUGCCACUGGACUACAAGCAGGAACGCUACUUCAAGCUGGUGCUAACGGCAUCUGACCGUGCCCUCCAUGAUCACUGCUAUGUGCACAUCAACAUCACAGACGCCAACACUCACCGGCCCGUCUUUCAAAGUGCCCACUACUCAGUGAGCAUGAAUGAGGAUCGGCCAGUGGGUAGCACGGUAGUGGUCAUCAGUGCCUCUGACGAUGACGUGGGUGAGAAUGCUCGUAUCACGUAUUUCCUGGAGGACAACCUACCCCAGUUCCGCAUCAAUGCUGACUCAGGGGCCAUCACGCUACAGGCCCCACUGGACUAUGAGGACCAAGUGACCUACACGCUGGCCAUCACAGCUCGAGACAAUGGCAUCCCACAGAAGGCAGACACCACUUACGUAGAGGUGAUGGUCAAUGAUGUCAAUGACAAUGCCCCACAGUUCGUGGCCUCCCACUAUACAGGCUUGGUCUCCGAGGAUGCUCCACCUUUCACCAGUGUCCUGCAGAUCUCAGCCACAGACCGGGAUGCUCACGCCAACGGUCGAGUCCAGUACACUUUCCAGAAUGGGGAAGAUGGGGAUGGAGAUUUUACCAUCGAGCCCACUUCUGGCAUUGUCCGCACGGUGAGGCGGCUGGACCGGGAGGCAGUGCCAGUGUAUGAGUUGACUGCCUAUGCAGUGGACCGGGGUGUGCCCCCACUGCGGACUCCAGUCAGCAUCCAAGUGACUGUGCAGGAUGUGAAUGACAAUGCCCCUGUCUUCCCAGCUGAGGAAUUUGAGGUGCGGGUGAAGGAGAACAGCAUUGUGGGCUCGGUGGUGGCCCAGAUCACUGCCGUGGACCCUGACGAGGGCCCCAAUGCCCACAUCAUGUACCAGAUCGUGGACGGGAACAUUCCUGAGCUGUUCCAGAUGGACAUCUUCUCUGGAGAGCUGACGGCUCUCAUUGACCUGGACUAUGAGGCUCGCCAGGAAUAUGUGAUCGUGGUGCAGGCCACGUCAGCCCCCCUGGUCAGCCGGGCCACUGUGCAUGUCCGCCUGGUUGAUCAGAACGAUAACAGCCCCGUGCUCAACAACUUCCAGAUCCUCUUCAACAACUAUGUAUCCAACCGCUCAGACACCUUCCCCUCGGGUGUCAUCGGGCGCAUCCCAGCUUAUGACCCCGAUGUCUCCGAUCACCUCUUCUACUCGUUUGAGCGUGGAAAUGAGCUGCAGCUGCUGGUGGUCAACCAGACCAGCGGGGAGCUGCGACUCAGUCGAAAGCUAGACAACAACCGCCCACUGGUGGCCUCCAUGUUGGUGACUGUCACAGACGGCCUGCACAGCGUGACGGCUCAGUGCGUGCUGCGCGUGAUCAUCAUCACGGAGGAGCUGCUGGCCAACAGCCUGACCGUGCGCCUGGAGAACAUGUGGCAGGAGCGCUUCCUGUCGCCGCUGCUGGGCCACUUCCUCGAGGGCGUGGCCGCGGUGCUCGCCACGCCCGCCGAGGACGUCUUCAUCUUCAACAUUCAGAACGACACGGACGUGGGGGGCACCGUGCUCAACGUGAGCUUCUCGGCGCUGGCGCCGCGUGGGGCCGGGGCGGGCGCCGCGGGGCCCUGGUUCAGCUCCGAGGAGCUGCAGGAGCAGCUGUACGUGCGCCGCGCGGCGCUGGCUGCACGCUCACUGCUCGACGUGCUGCCCUUCGACGACAACGUGUGCCUGCGUGAGCCCUGCGAGAACUACAUGAAAUGCGUGUCCGUGCUCCGCUUCGACUCGUCCGCGCCCUUUCUCGCCUCAGCCUCCACGCUCUUCCGACCCAUCCAGCCCAUUGCCGGCCUGCGCUGCCGCUGCCCGCCCGGCUUCACCGGAGACUUCUGCGAGACCGAGCUCGACCUCUGCUACUCGAACCCGUGUCGGAACGGCGGCGCCUGCGCGCGGCGCGAGGGCGGCUACACCUGCGUCUGCCGCCCGCGCUUCACGGACUGUGAGCUGGACACGGAGGCCGGACGCUGCGUGCCAGGCGUCUGCCGCAACGGGGGCACCUGCACCGACGCGCCCCACGGCGGCUUCCGCUGCCAGUGCCCGGUGGGCGGCGCCUUCGAGGGCCCCCGCUGCGAGGUGGCGGCCCGCUCCUUCCCUCCCAGCUCGUUCGUCAUGUUCCGCGGCCUGCGGCAACGCUUCCAUCUCACGCUGUCCCUCUCGUUCGCGACGGUACAGCCGAGCGGGCUCCUCUUCUACAACGGGCGGCUGAACGAGAAGCACGACUUCCUGGCCCUGGAGCUGGUGGCUGGCCAAGUGCGGCUCACGUACUCCACCGGCGAGUCCAACACCGUGGUCAGCCCCACAGUUCCAGGCGGCCUGAGUGAUGGGCAAUGGCAUACAGUGCACCUGAGAUACUACAACAAGCCCCGGACGGACGCCCUGGGGAGUGCUCAGGGGCCAUCCAAGGACAAGGUGGCCGUGCUGAGCGUGGAUGACUGUGAUGUGGCCGUGGCUCUGCAGUUUGGUGCUGAGAUUGGCAACUACUCGUGCGCGGCUGCUGGUGUGCAAACAAGCUCCAAGAAGUCCCUGGACCUGACGGGCCCUCUGCUCCUGGGGGGUGUCCCCAACCUCCCCGAGAACUUCCCCGUGUCCCACAAGGACUUCAUCGGUUGUAUGCGGGACCUGCACAUCGAUGGCCGCCGAGUGGACAUGGCGGCCUUCGUCGCAAACAAUGGCACCACGGCAGGCUGCCAGGCCAAGCUACACUUCUGUGACUCUAGCCCCUGCAAGAACAGUGGCUCCUGCUCAGAGCGCUGGGGCGGCUUCAGAUGUGACUGCCCUGUGGGCUUUGGUGGCAAAGACUGUCGGCUCACCAUGGCCCAUCCCCACCAUUUCCAUGGCAACGGCUCACUGAGCUGGGACUUUGGAGGUGACACGGUUGUGUCUGUGCCAUGGUACCUGGGGCUGGCGUUUCGGACACGAGCGACACAGGGGGUCCUGAUGUACAUGCAGGCCGGGCAGCACAGCACACUCCUCUGCCAGCUGGAGCGGGGGUUGCUGUCUGUGACUGUAGCCAGGGGCUCGGGCCGUGCUGCCCACCUCCUCCUGGACCAGGUGACUGUCAGUGACGGCCGGUGGCACGAUCUGCGCCUGGAGUUGCAGGAGGAGCCAGGUGGCCAGCGGGGCCGUCGUGUUCUCAUGGUCUCAUUGGACUUUAGCCUCUUCCAGGACACCUUGGCAGUGGGGAGUGAGCUCCAAGGCCUGAAGGUAAAGCAACUCCACGUGGGAGGCCUGCCCCCCAGCAGUAAGGAGGCGGUUCCUCAGGGUCUGGUCGGCUGUAUCCAGGGAGUAUGGCUCGGCUCCACACCUUCAGGGUCCCCGGCCCUGCCACCCCCAAGCCACCGCGUGAAUGUGGAGCCCGGCUGUGUCGUGACCAACUCCUGUGCAUCUGCGCCCUGUCCACCCCAUGCUGACUGCAGAGACCUCUGGCAGACCUUCUCCUGCACCUGCCGGCCAGGUUACUAUGGCCCAGGCUGUGUGGAUGCCUGCCUUUUGAACCCCUGUCAGAACCAGGGGUCGUGCCGGCGCCUCCCGGGAGCCCCCCAUGGCUAUACCUGUGACUGUGCGAGUGGAUAUUUUGGGCACCACUGUGAGCACAGGAUGGACCAGCAGUGCCCACGGGGCUGGUGGGGGAGCCCGACCUGUGGCCCCUGCAACUGUGAUGUCCACAAGGGUUUUGACCCCAACUGCAAUAAGACGAAUGGGCAGUGUCAUUGCAAGGAGUUCCACUACCGACCACGGGGCAGUGACUCAUGCCUCCCAUGUGACUGCUACCCUGUGGGCUCCACCUCGCGUUCAUGUGCACCCCACAGUGGGCAGUGCCCCUGUCGCCCAGGAGCCCUUGGCCGCCAGUGCAACAGCUGCGACAGUCCCUUUGCGGAGGUGACAGCCAGCGGCUGCCGGGUGCUCUACAACGCCUGCCCCAAGUCCCUGAGAUCUGGUGUGUGGUGGCCCCAGACCAAGUUUGGCGCCUUGGCCACGGUGCCGUGUCCCCGGGGGGCCCUGGGUGCUGCCGUGCGGCUGUGUGAUGAGGACCGGGGCUGGCUGGAGCCCGACCUCUUCAACUGCACCUCCCCUGCCUUUCGAGAGCUCAGUCUGCUGCUGGAUGGCCUGGAGCUGAACAAGACAGCCCUGGACACCAUGGAGGCCAAGAAGCUGGCUCAGCGACUGCGGGAGGUGACUGGCCACGCUGGCCACUAUUUCAGCCAAGAUGUCCGGGUCACUGCCCGCCUGCUGGCCUACCUGCUGGCCUUCGAGAGCCAUCAGCAAGGUUUUGGACUGACAGCCACCCAGGAUGCCCACUUCAAUGAGAAUCUGCUGUGGGCCGGCUCUGCACUGCUUGCUCCGGAGACGGGAGACUUGUGGGCAGCGCUGGGGCAGCGGGCCCCCGGGGGCUCCCCAGGCAGCGCUGGACUGGUGCGCCAUCUGGAGGAGUAUGCGGCCACGCUCGCAAGGAAUAUGGAGCUCACGUACCUGAAUCCCGUGGGGCUGGUGACACCCAAUAUCAUGCUCAGCAUUGACCGGAUGGAGCACCCCGGGCCGACCCGAGGGGCCCGCCGCUACCCCCGCUACCACAGUAACCUUUUCCGAGGCCAGGAUGCCUGGGAUCCUCACACCCACGUGCUGCUGCCUUCCCAGCCCCCGCGGCCGUCCCCAUCUGAAGUUCUGCCCACACGCAGCAGCGCAGAAAACUCAAGUGUGGGCCCCCCGCCAGCACCCCCGGAGCCCGAGCCCGAGCCUGGGAUGUCCAUCGUCAUCCUCCUCGUUUACCGCACCUUGGGCGGGCUGCUCCCUGCCCAGUUCCAGGCCGAGCGGCGGGGCGCCAGGCUUCCCCAGAACCCUGUGAUGAACUCCCCGGUGGUCAGCGUGGCCGUGUUCCACGGGCGCAGCUUCCUUAGUGGGCUCUUGGAGUCCCCCAUCAGCCUUGAGUUCCGCCUGCUACAGACGGCAAAUCGGAGCAAAGCGAUCUGCGUGCAGUGGGACCCACCUGGCCCGGCGGACCAGCAUGGUAUGUGGACGGCACGGGACUGCGAGCUGGUGCACAGGAACGGGUCCCACGCACGGUGUCGCUGUAGCCGGACAGGCACCUUCGGGAUCCUCAUGGAUGCCUCCCCUCGUGAGCGGCUGGAGGGGGACCUGGAGCUGCUGGCUGUGUUCACCCACGUGGUCGUGGCACUGUCCGUAGCUGCGCUGGUGCUGACUGCGGCCAUCCUGCUGAGCCUGCGCAGCCUCAAGUCCAACGUGCGCGGAAUCCACGCCAACGUGGCGGCUGCCCUGGGGGUGGCAGAGCUCCUCUUCCUGCUGGGGAUCCACAGGACCCACAACCAGCUGCUGUGCACCGCGGUCGCCAUCCUCCUGCACUACUUCUUCCUCAGCACCUUUGCCUGGCUCCUCGUGCAGGGGCUGCACCUCUACCGUAUGCAGGUCGAGCCGCGCAACGUGGACCACGGGGCUAUGCGCUUCUACCACGCCCUGGGCUGGGGUGUCCCCGCUGUGCUGCUGGGCCUUGCUGUAGGCCUGGACCCCGAGGGCUACGGGAACCCUGACUUCUGUUGGAUCUCCAUCCACGACCCCCUCAUCUGGAGCUUUGCCGGCCCUGUUGUCCUUGUCAUCAUGAUGAACGGGACCAUGUUUCUCCUCGCUGCCCGCACAUCCUGCUCCACAGGGCAGAGGGAGGCCAAGAAGACCUCUGUGCUGCCCCUCCGCAGCUCCUUCCUGCUGCUCCUGCUGGUCAGCACGUCCUGGCUCUUCGGCCUCCUGGCAGUCAACCACAGCGUCUUGGCCUUCCACUACCUCCACGCCGCACUCUCUGGGCUCCAGGGCCUGGCGGUGCUGCUUCUCUUCUGUGUGCUGAACGCAGACGCACGGGCCGCCUGGACACCAGCCUGCCUGGGCAGGAAGGCGGCGCCCGAGGAAGCAAGGCCAGCACCCGGGACGGGCCCUGGGGCCUACAACAACACGGCCCUGUUCGAGGAGAGUGGCCUCAUCCGCAUCACGCUGGGGGCUUCCACCGUCUCCUCUGUGAGCAGUGCCCGCUCCGGCCGGGCCCAGGACCAGGACAGCCAGCGGGGCCGCGGCUGCCUCGGGGACAACGUCCUGGUUCGACAUGGCUCGGCUGCUGACCACACUGACCACAGCCUCCAGGCUCACGCUGGCCCCACGGACCUGGACGUGGCCAUGUUCCAUCGAGAUGCUGGCGCAGACUCCGACUCCGACAGUGACCUGUCCCUGGAGGAGGAGAGGAGCCUGUCCAUCCCAUCGUCAGAAAGCGAGGACAAUGGCCGGACACGAGGGCGUUUCCAGCGUCCGCUACGCCGGGCAGCCCAGAGUGAGAGGCUCCUCACCCACCCUAAAGACGUGGACGGCAAUGACCUCCUGUCUUACUGGCCAGCUCUGGGGGAGUGCGAGGCGGCUCCCUGUGCCCUGCAGACUUGGGGCUCUGAAAGACGCCUUGGGCUGGACAGCAGCAAGGAUGCCACCAACAACAACAACCAGCUAGACCUGGCCCUGACCAGUGGGGACGAAACCUCCGUGGGCCGGGCGCAGCGCCAGAGGAAGGGCAUUCUGAAGAACAGGCUGCAGUACCCACUGGUGCCACAGACCCGAGGUGCCACUGAGCUGUCCUGGUGCCGCGCAGCCACCUUGGGCCACCGUGCUGUGCCAGCCGCCUCUUACGGCCGCAUCUAUGCUGGUGGGGGCACGGGCAGCCUCUCGCAGCCAGCCAGCCGCUACUCUUCCCGAGAACAGCUGGACCUGCUCCUCCGGCGGCAGCUGAGCCGUGAGCGACUGGAGGAGGCCCCUGCCCCUGUCCUGUGCCCCCUGAACCGGCCAGGUUCCCAGGAACACCUGGAUGCUGCACCAGGCCGCCUGGAGCCCAGGGAUCGGGGCAGCACCCUGCCGCGGAGGCAGACGCCCCGGGACUACCCUGGCACCGUGGCUGGGCGCUUCGGCUCCCGGGAUGCGCUGAACUUAGGGGCACCCCGUGAGUGGCUGAGCACGCUGCCUCCACCCCGCCGCCCACGGGACCUGGACCCACAGCACCCGCCUGUGUCCCCAUCUCCCCAGAGGCAACUCUCAAGGGACCCCCUCUUGCCAUCCCGGCCCUUGGACUCUGUGUCUAGGAGCUCGAACUCUCGCGAGCGGCUGGACGAGGUGCCUAGCCGGCACCCUUCCCGAGAAGCCCUCGGGCCACCCCUGCAGCUGCUCAGAGCUAGGGAGGACCCAGCCAGUGGCCCCAGCCACGGCCCCUCCACAGAGCAGCUGGACAUUCUCUCCUCCAUCCUCGCCUCUUUCAACUCCUCCGCCCUCUCCUCCAUGCAGUCCUCCAGCACGCCUUCAGGCCCUCACACCACUGCCACACCUUCUGCCACAGCCUCUGCACUUGGGCCCUCCACGCCGCGCUCUGCCACGUCCCACAGCAUCUCAGAGCUGUCGCCGGACUCAGAAGUUCCCAGAAGCGAGGGUCACUCCUGAGGGGCCCGCGGAGUGAAGGAGGAAGAUCAGAGGGCGAUGGAAGAUUUGGGCUAAAGAAGAGGCUCCAGGGGUCGGGGCCAACCCCAAGGCAGCCUCUGUCCCAGCUCCCAGCCCUGUGGAGGCAGUGCUGAGGCUGUGUGCAUCUGUGAGCAUGCCCGUGGCAGGUGCAGGAGGGAAAUGAAGGGAGGACUUUUAUACGUUUUUGUACCUUUGUAACCAGAGAGAGAUGCUUAUGUUAUUUUUCAGCUCUUCUGACUCCAGGGGUCUGAGCUGGGCUGGGAGGGGGAGGGGACAGGAUGAGAUGCAGAGUUGGGCCCCAUGUGGGUCCCUGGGAAGCCCUGUGCUGUCUCCUCACAUCUUACAGCAGUGGGGUCCGACAGGUGGCACAGAGGCCCUCCUCCCACCCCACCACGCCCCAGGUGGAUCUGGAUAUUGUCGGGGCCCAAAGUGCAGAAUUGAUCUUUGCCGUUUCUCCAGUGCCCCCACUCCAAGGCCAAACUUCCGGGCUGGGGGCUGGUCUUGAAAACAGGGGUCCUCUGGCCUCCUCAGGGGCACCCGCUCCUGCCACCCCUCUUGGUGGAUGUAUGUGUUUAAUACAUGGAGUCCUUGCCACUUGCUGCCUUAUGACCUAGGACGGAUGCUGUGGCGCUGGUGGAGCAGCUGAUGUCGUGUUUACAAAGCAAGGCUUCCCUGUCGCCCAGGGGAGGGCUCAGGCCUCUGCUCAGACAUUCCUGCCCAGUCAUUGGGCAGCCCCCACCCCUGCGCUGCUCCCCGACGCUGCCCCCCAGGGGUGGGUGGGAGGGUGAGCAAAGGGAGCAGAAGCAAGGGCAUUCCAGACCCAGAAUGUAGGUGCCACUGCCUCCCGUGUUUACAGGAUCCUCCCCGGCCCUGGGCGCCGGGGCUGCCUGCCAGACGUUCCACGGCUGCUUUACUCCCUUCAAAAGGGAAAACCGACUGUUCGACUCUGUCUGCAAAACUCCCACUCUUGUUGCUUUGUCUGAUGUCCACAACUGGGAACUUUAACGUUUCGUUACUUUGUUUACAGGUUGAGAUUUACAACAUUUUUUUUUUUUUACUUUGUUUACAACUUGAAACUUGGAACUUUUACACUUUGUUUACAGUUGAGGAUGUCCCCCCCCCCUUUGUUUACAAGUGAAAGGUAGGGAAAGCAGAAGAGGGACUGGGAGGACCCACCUGUGAAGACCCUGGACCUGGCCAUCUUGAGGGGGUUUCUAAGCUCAGCUCUCCCAGGCUAAAGCUCCACCCUCGUCUAGUAGCAAACCCAGAAGGCCUGAGAGCAAGCAUCCUCUUACCAUGGAAACCGUGGCUGUGGGGCUAGGGGUUUGGUGCAGACACCUGCUCCCCUCCCCUGACCCCAUGCAGUCUCCAAGGAGAUUAAGAAUUCUGCUUCACUGACUGGUGCCAAAUCCCACCAGCCAGGACCCCACCUUCGUUCCCCACAAGGACGCCAGCCCUCAAAGCGCAGAGUGGCAUCCUCGCUUGUCCUAGGUUCUGUAGAUGCCCCUCUCGGGGGGUCUCCCCACUCUGGCCCAGCGUCCCCUCUCCCAGCUGUGUAAAUUGUUCCGUGAAGCCGCGCUCUGUUUUGGGAAU